UCCAUAGCAACAAAGAAUUUUGUAGAGAUAAUUUAUUUUGGUUGACAAAUCUAAAUCACUACGUACAUUUUACAUAGAAAAUGGUAACCCAAAUUUGAGAUGAGUGAAGACAACGGACAUGGGAAUGGGAAUGGGAACGGCAAGAUCCAGUUCCGGAGGAGCGAUGGAGUGGAGAAGGACGGAUACAUCUGUUUUCCUCUGGAGGCUCCAGUCGAGGAGGCUGUUGAGGAGGAGGUGGUAGCAGAGGAAAGAAAGCCACCGGAGAAAUUCGACUUAUCAACUUGUCCUGAAGACCCCAGAUUUCAGCAGACGAACAGGACCAAGUGGUGCUAUCGGAUGUACAUAGACUACCACCGCUGCCGCCAUCUUCUUGGAGAUGGUGCAAGCCAGUGUGACUACUUCUACAAGUGCUACAACUCCCUCUGUCCCAUAGCCUGGCACGAGCGUUGGGAUGAGCAACUCCAACAGGGAACAUUCCCGAGGGAUGUUACCAGAGAGCUCCCGGGCCCUAGACCUGCUCCAUGUCCUUGAGCACUGCGUGGAGCAACCCCUUUUAACGUGAAAAAUCUUGGUUUUAUAUAGUUUUGGUAAUAAAGUAUUUCCCUCUUCG